AUGAAGAGAGAGAGAGAGAAGAAGAGUAUUACUGCAAAUAAACAGCAGCAGAAGAAGAUUAAGAAGAUAUUAAAGUCUCAAAUGCACUCCAUGAUUCAGAACAUUGAGAAGACAGCCCUGCUCUCUGAGCAUGUCAAUCUGCUUACUGCUGAGAUGAAACCUGAGACAGCAGACCAGAAAAUGCAGGAUUUUGAGAUGCAGGUUGACCUGGCUGAGAAGAAGCAGUGA